AUGAAGGCCAUUCGACGUUCCCUCAAAGGGGAAAAGGACCCCAAACCCCACCACCACCAUCAUCUUUCUAUUACACCCAAGUCCGCGAUCGCCAUUCUUCCUCCCAAAAAGGUUAUCAAGGCUCUUUACGACUACCAACCAGAAUUCGGGCACACCCAGGAAUUGUCGUUCAGCAAGGGGGACUUCUUUCACGUUAUCAGCAGGGAGGACGACUCGGAUUGGUACGAAGCGUGUAAUCCCCUCAUCCCUAGUGCCAGGGGGUUGGUCCCGGUGUCGUUCUUCGAGGUCAUUGGCAAAAACGAGAGAGACAGUGGCGGUUCGGUUGACCUUCAUAAGAAGAAGGAGUCGCACGACUCGGGCUUCUCCGAUCGAGCUCCCGCUGCUUUCCCCGGUCCCGAUUUCGUCAACCCGCCCAAAUCUCAUCACCCUCAGUCCGUGUUCAGGAUGUCGGCCCUGGGAAAGGGCUCCAGCCCCAUGGUCUAUGGAAUCGUACAGUAUGACUUCCAGGCCGAGCGCCCGGACGAAUUGGAUGCGCGAGCUGGGGAAGCCAUCAUCGUCAUCGCCCAGUCCAACCCGGAAUGGUUCGUCGCCAAACCCAUCGGUCGCCUGGGAGGGCCCGGUCUCAUCCCCGUCUCGUUUAUCGAACUGCGCGACAUGCAGUCGGGCCAAGCCGUCACCGACCCGUUGGAGGCGGUCCGGCGCGCAGGCGUGCCUAAGGUGGAGGAGUGGAAGAAGAUGACGGCCGAGUACAAGAACAGCAGCAUUACGCUGGGCAAGAUCGAUCCCACGCCGCCGUCGUCGAUGCAAUCCGUCACCUCGAGUAUGGAUAAGAUGUCCGUGGGCCACCAGAGUGUGACGUCGAUCAACCAGAAUGGCAGCAACUCUUAUGGCUACCACCAGCGCAAUACCAGCAAAGGAACGCUGUCCCAACAGUUGUCCCAGCCGCCGCCGCCGCCGUCGUCGUCGCAGGGCUACCCACGACCGCUCAUGGCCCCGAUCGCCGCGUCGAUCCCCCGGUAUUGUUUCGACAACGACAAGUAUUGGUACAUCAUCGAGGCGAAGAUGGAGGAUGGCCGCUGCUGGGAAUUGUCGCGAUAUUAUCAUGAUUUCUACGACUUCCAGAUCGCCCUCCUCACCCAGUUCGAGGAUGAGGCGGGGAACCGCGGCCGCCCGCGAACGCUCCCGUUCAUGCCCGGGCCCGUCACCCACGUCACCGAUGCGAUCUCCAACGGCCGCCGGCAAAACCUGGACGAGUACAUCAAGAAACUAAUCUCCAUGCCUGCGCACAUCGGUCGGUGCCAGUUAGUGCGCGAGCUGUUCGCGCCGCGCCCGGGCGAUUUCGAGAUUGAUCCCAGCGCGUUCGGGGAGGAUGCUCGAUUCUCGGGCGGUUCCCACCAUUCGUCGGCCCACGAGGUCUCGCGCAGUGCGUCCCGGCAAUCCUCCCAAGCCCAGAUGAAUGCGCAAUACGCCGAACGACCGGGUUCUCACCAGCGGACCCAAACAUCGGGGUCGCAACUCAAUGGAGCUCCCCCGUCGAUGAACCGCCAACCCAGCUCGAUCACGCAGGUGUCCACCGCGUCGAGCGGCGGCGCCAUGAAGGUCAAGGUCUUCUUCCAAGACGAUCUCAUUGCGAUCCGGGUCCCCAGCGACAUCUCCGUGCAACAGCUACGCGAAAAGCUCAUGGACCGGUUGAAGAUCCAAGACGGGAUCGUGAUGCAGUACAAGGACGAGCCGUCGGGGGCCUACGUCGACCUGGUCAGCGACAGCGAUCUGGACACCGCCGUCCAGCGCAAUUCCAAGCUGACCCUGUACGUUGGGCUUGCCUGA